AUGUACAGUAUGACCUCUUUCGAUCUAUCACUGGAGACGCUGCAGAUGGCAGUCGGCGAUAAUAUUCACCUCCUCGCCGGAAUCGCCGUCUUUGGUCUCGUCACUCUCGCCUCGGUUGCCAUCUAUCGUUUGUGGUUUCAUCCUCUGGCAUCAAUUCCAGGCCCGAAGUUGGCAGCGGUGUCGGAAGAUUGGCUGUACAGAGCAUCCAAGGGCAAAUUUGUCGAGCCGUACCUGGAGAGCCUACAUCGCAAGUACAGAAGCAAGGUCAUUCGCAUCGCUCCCAAUGAAGUCCACAUCAUCGAACCCGAGCUGUACAAAGUCAUCUACAGCCAGGGCACGCCCUACAAAAAGCCGUGGUCUUUCUACCAGUCUUUUCACAUGCCGCACAGCCUGACGACCGAGAUCGACCCACAAGCCCACCGCGGUCGUCGCCGCACUCUCAACCAGUAUUUCUCUAAACGAGCAGUCGAAAACUUGAGCCCGCUGGUCCUGGACAAGAUCACUAGGCUCGAAAAUCAGCUACGUCGUAUGGAUAAGACCUUUGACGUGCACAAAGCCAUCCAUUGCAUGACAGUCGACGCUAUCUCGGAUUACGCAUUUGGCAGUGACUCGAACUUAAUCGAAGCCUCAGACACAUUUGAAGCCGAGUUUUUGGAUAUCCUUAAUCUCACACUAAGCAAUUUCGUGGACUUGCUCUUCCACCCAACGUUGUCCCGCCUUAAGUUUCUUUUGCCAAAACCUCUGCUGCUGAAAGUCGACAAGGGGAUGGGGAAAUUAGUACAGUUAGACGAGUGGGCGAAAGAAUGUCUGGACAGGCAUAAGGCCAAGUUGAAAGAAAAGCAGCUGGGAGAUGAGCACCUGGUCUUCUUCGACAGCCUUGAAGAUAUAGGAGACGAGGGCAAGAGGUCUCUAGCAACCGAGUUUCUCGUGGCUGGCUCCGACACAAGUGCUCUUACGGUCACGUACGGAAUCUAUCACAUAUUGUCCAACCCAAAGAUUAGGGAUAGGCUCACUCGUGAGCUUGAGGAGGCCCUCCCUUCCAUCGACACAGCCCCGACUUUGCUCCAGCUGGAAAAGAUUCCUUAUCUCACCGGCUGCGUAAACGAGUCCCUUCGGCUGGCAUGUCCGGUUCCGGGAAGACUGCCGCGGGUCGUGCCUGACGGCAAGCCACUGGUUGUCGAUGAUACGAUAAUCCCUCCUGGUUCCAUCGUAGGAAUGUCUAUAUACAACCUGCAUUUCGACGAAAAGCUAUGGGGUUCUGAUGUACUGGACUUCAACCCCGAACGCUGGCUCAACCAAAACGAAGAGAGGCUCGACCAGUGGCUUGCUCCAUUUUCCAAAGGCUCAAGGGCGUGCAUAGGGCAAAAGGAAAGUAUCAACUCCCUUGUCUGA